AUGGAGAGACUAGUAAAUCGGCGCCUUGUGACCUAUCUGGAGGAGGGAAACUUCCUCGACCUCUGGCAGUUUGCUUUCAGAAAAGGACUCGGCUCAGGUAUCCAUCUCGGUUCGUUUGCAGAGGUAGUCGGUCAGGCACUCGAGGAAAACAAGCACACUGAUAUCGCGAUCCUCGACCUCGCCAAGGCCUACAAUACAGUCUGGCGAGAGGGUGUACUGCGACAAUUGCAUCAGUGGGGAAUAAGAGGGAAUAUGGGCCGCUUCGUCCAGGAAUUUCUCAGGAACAGAACCUUCCGAGUGUGCAUCGGAGGAAACAAAUCUGAUACCUUCCGGGAAGCCAAUGGGGUCCCGCAAGGAUCCGUGUUGGCAGUCACCCUCUUUCUCGUAAGCAUGAAUACUCUAUUCGAUGCUUUACCGAAAGGAGUAUUUAUAUUCUUAUAUGCUGAUGAUAUCAUUUUGGUGGCGAUCGGAAAAACAAAAGCUAGAACCAGGAUAAAAUUGCAGGCCGCUGUUAACGCCGUAGGCCGGUGGGCCGAAGGAACCGGUUUCAAUAUUGCCCCAGAAUGCGCUAUUGCACACUGCUGCAACUCCCACCACGUUGCUUUCGACCGACCCGUGAAACUCGUCGGUGCAACUAUACCAUUUCGCAAGGAACCGCAAAAUUCUCGGAAUUAA